AUGCAGAAAAGCCAGACUGAGCACCUCUAUAAAAUUUUAGUCAUCGGCGACCUGGGGGUAGGAAAGACGAGUAUCAUAAAACGUUACGUGCAUCAAAACUUUUCCCAACAUUAUCGAGCUACAAUAGGCGUGGAUUUCGCUCUCAAAGUUAUCCACUGGGACUCGGAUACUGUGGUCCGGCUGCAGUUAUGGGAUAUCGCCGGUCAAGAACGAUUUGGGAACAUGACAAGAGUGUAUUACAGAGAGGCCAUUGGAGCAUUCAUAGUCUUUGAUGUGACACGAGCCUCAACAUUUGAAGCAGUGUCUAAAUGGAAAGAUGACUUGGACUCGAAAUUGACUCUCCCUAAUGGCAAACCUGUCUCUGUUGUCUUACUGGCAAACAAAUGUGAUAAAGGGAGUGAGUUCAUAUCCGCCAAUCCUGGAAGAAUGGAACAGUUCUGCAAGGAACAUGGAUUUGUCAGCUGCUUUGAAACUUCAGCAAAGGAAAAUGUCAACAUUGAGGAAGCAGCUCAGUGUUUGGUGAAACACAUCAUUGCCAGUGAGAAUGAUCUAGCACGAUCUGCUGAAUCUGACGUGGUCACUCCUACACUCAAAUCCUUCAGAAGCAAUGGCAACUGCUCAUCUUGCUUCAAGGCUUAG